AUGAUCUUGGCAGCAGCGUUAAAUAAAAUACCUCUGUUCCAGAGGAUCAUCCCGGAUUCGAGCGUGGCCAGCCAGAGUCCGCAGAACGUGAAGAAGGUGAUUUUCUGCUCGGGGAAGGUUUACUAUGAUCUGAAGAAAGCGAGGGAGGAUAGGAAGUUGGAGAACGAUAUUGCGAUCACGCGUGUCGAACAGAUUUCUCCAUUCCCGUACGACUUGAUCAAGAGCGAGUGUGCCAAGUACCCCAACGCGCAGCUCUCGUGGGCCCAAGAAGAGCACAAGAACCAAGGUCCUUGGUUUUACGUCCAGCCCAGAUUCGAGACGGCUCUGACCGGCUCCCGAGACGUCGUCUACGUUGGCAGACCCACCGCCGCCAGCCCCGCCACCGGCAGCAAGGCUCAGCACCUCAAAGAGCUCUCCCAUCUGUUGGACGAUGCGAUGGCAUUGUAAAUUUCGAAAACGGUCAAGAGAGAAUAUUUAUUCUAGUGUCAGUUAAUUUAUUUUAGGUUGGUAUAGAUUUUAAAGGCACUGAAUAAUUUUUAAAUUAAAUGUAAUUAUGUAAAUAGUUUACCGCACCAUUAUUGUAUUGUAAAUUGUUGCGUGUUACCUCUGUUGCUGAAACUAUUGAAAUCUUAUCUAGUAUUAAUAUACUCAACCGGAUGGAACGGGGGUGGUGUAAGAGUAUUUUAAAACUGUUAUUUAUUUAUUGUAAGGAUGGACUAUUUUUGAAUGACACUAUUGCUUAAGUG